AGUAAUCAAUCAGUCAAUACAGACAACUCCGUCAUCUUCGCUCGUCUCUCACUCUCUUCCUAUCCCUUUUCCCCCCUCACUCCCUCCUUCUUACAUCCUGAGCAGGGUUCAAUUGCUCUUCUUUCUUUGUUUUGCAUGAAUCAGUCCUAAUCCCUCCUCCAUCCCCCGUCCAUUUGGCCCCAAGACAGCUUGUUUCUCUACCGCCACAUAAGCUGGCUAUUCUUCCGGCAUAAACAUAUCAGAAUGGCUUUCCUCUUUAGUCGUGGUCGGUCUCGUCAGCCCUCUGAUCUGGUUAGAUCGAUAAAAGAUCUGUUGCCGAGAUUACCUGAAAAAUUGCCCGAUCCAUCAGUGCCCAACAAGGUUGCAGAUGACUUAGCUAGACAGCUCUCGCAGGUGAAAUUGAUCGUACAAGGAACCCAAGAGAUCGAAGUUUCGCCCGAACAGGUGCAUGCGCUCGUCCAGGCGACACUACAAGAAGACUUGCUUUACGAACUUUCGCGAUACCUUCAUCGCCUGCCAUUCGAAGCCCGAAAAGACACGCAGACUAUAUUCUCGCAUGUGCUCCGUUUCAAACCCGCCCAUGGAAACCACGCCGAUCCCCCCGUUAUCUCCUAUAUCGUCCACAAUCGCCCUGAGAUUAUCAUCGAGCUAUGCAAGGGCUACGAGUACAGUCCCAGUGCCAUGCCAUGCGGCACUAUUCUGAGGGAAGCGCUGAAGUUUGAUGUGAUUGCCGCCAUCAUUCUCUACGACCAGUCCCAAGAGGGCGAGCCCGCCAUCCGGCUCACGAAAGUACAGCCGGGCAUCCCCCAGGGCGGCACGGGCAUAUUUUGGAGGUUCUUUACAUGGAUUGAUAGGGGAAGCUUUGAGCUGAGUGCCGAUGCCUUUACGACUUUCCGGGAGAUCCUGACCCGUCACAAGUCGCUCGUGACGGGAUAUCUUGCAACAAACUUCGACCGAUUCUUUGGCAUGUUCAACUCGACACUGGUGCAGUCAGACUCGUACGUCACCAAGCGUCAAAGCAUCAAGCUACUGGGGGAGAUCCUGCUGGACCGAGCCAACUACAACGUGAUGAUGGCGUAUGUGGAGAGCGGAGAGAAUCUCAAACUCUGCAUGAAACUACUGCGAGAUGAUCGCAAGAUGGUCCAGUACGAGGGCUUUCACGUGUUCAAGGUGUUUGUGGCCAAUCCCAACAAAUCGGUGGCGGUGCAGCGAAUUCUGAUCAACAACCGGGACCGUCUGCUGAAGUUCCUACCCAAAUUCCUCGAGGACCGCACGGACGACGACCAAUUCACCGACGAGAAGAGUUUCCUGGUGCGCCAGAUUGAGCUGCUGCCGAAAGAACCCAUCGAGCCGGUGCGUUCUGCGCGUGAACCAUCUCGACCGGCGGCUGCUGUGGCUUAAGGAUCUCCUGAGGGUAUUUUCUUUUUGGCACAUAUUGGCUUUUUGAUUUCUUUUUGCUUCCUUUUUGUUCGAGUCCCAUGACCGUCAUGACAAUCUGUACAGUGAUGCGGCCGAGCGGUAUGCUAUAUAUAUAUACGUGCGCCGUGUCUUCGGAAAUCUCGUUCGCAUUGAGGGACUGCUGGUAUCGGACCUUCUUGGAGUUGCGGCGUGUGUCGAUAGCUAGUUAGUUAUUCGGGGAAUUUCUUUGUUGUUUUGAUGCUUUUACUUUGCGUUGCUAUGGGCAGUUGGUCAAGGGCAAGGGCAAAGCAGGGAAAAAGCCUGAUGGAAGGCAGACUUGGAAAAGGGAAAAACCCAAACAAAGCCCUUGCGUUCGGGGAUGUAGAUAGAGACGGAAGUGGAUCAGAAUCUGCAAUUUAAAUUCAUUCAGUGGACGAGAGCCUAAGAGCCCCGAAUUUGCGCCUGAAGAACCGGUCGGAAGAGCUAUUAAUAGGGGGGGGAGAAAAGAAGUAAACUUCAUCCAUGGGACGUGAGGGCAAGGCGGGUGGAGGUUUGAUCUUGGGUUUGCUGGUUCCCCGGGAAUACUUUGGAUUUUGUUUUUUUUU